AUGGAUGACCUAUGCGUAUGUUUGACGGCAGACACAAACAUUGCACUCCAGUCCACCUUAGGUGUUGCCACCGGACAGCUCCUCGACAUUUUCAAGAGUUAUGCCAUGACACCAAAUUUGCAGCCGGGAAAAACGGCGGUGAUCAUUUCCCCGCGUGGUCCAGGCACCAAUAAAUGGAAGAAAAGCAUUUUUGGGCCCCUGGCUGAUGGAAAUUUCUUGAGCCUUGGUGAACACCACCCAUACAAGGUACCGGUUGUCACUGAGUAUACACACUUGGGUGGCAAGGCGCAUUUCUCCACCAAACUUCGGAGAGAAAUCAAAACUCGGCUCGGGCAAGCCCAUCAGGAAUUCAAUCGUCACAGGAAGUUGCUCUAUCACAACAAACAUUUCCAGAUGGAUAAGAAAAAAGAGCUUUUCCAAAGUCUCAUCCUUAGUCGCCUCCUUUUCGGUGCGGAGACCUGGACAUUUCCAGACCAGAGGACAAAGGAAUAUUUGCAUGGGAGCAUCAUGAGCCUUCUCAAGCGACUCCUGCAUUGCCCUGGUCAUUGUCCGAUUUCAGAUGAAGAAAUCUUGUUCCGCACCAAGAUGCCAUCGCCAACCACCCUCUUGCGCCUUCGUAGGCUGAGAUACCUAGGAUCACUGCUGGCAGUUGGAGACACAGCAAGCUGGGGAUUGCUCAACCAAGAUCAAGCUUGGCUAGCAUUGGUUAGAGACGACUUUAGAUGGAUGUGGCAUCAACUACACCACUGCUGCAGUCUUGGGGACCCUGCUACCCAUCUGCAGAGAUGGCUUGAAGUCAUCCAAUAUCAUCGAGGAUACUGGAAAAGACUCAUCAGACGUGCCACUGAACACUCUAUAGGAGUGCAGGAUCGCGAAUUCCUUGUUGCCUCGACACAUCUGCGCUUCUUGGAGGGCCUAGCUGCGGGACAGUUUGUGACCCCACCAGCCCUGCCGGAUCAAUGGCAAGACCGCCCUGGCCCACAAGCAUACGGCUGCAUGCAGUGUGGCAGAGCUUGCAGAUCCUUGGGAGGAGAAGGCGCACAUAUGUAUAGAGCACAUGGAGAAGUGAACCCAGUCAGGCAACUCAUGGCCAGCACUCAAUGCGCUGCUUGUCUGACUGAAUAUUUCACCACGGGUAAGCUCAAGAUGCAUCUCAGACGAUCCUCUGCCUGCCGCGUCACCCUGUUGGGAAGAGGACACAGAGAAAUUGUUCAGCCGGGAUUGGGCUCAAAUGAGGAUACAGAGCGACUUUUGCAAUGGGACAACAAGGUACCGCCUUUAACUGCAUCGGGGCCACACCUUCCAGCAGUCCCAGGGAGAGAUUUUGAUGUGGAACAUCAGACACUCUACGAGGCGCUCAUCCUGGGCAUCAUGGACAUCGAUACGGCCUCCUACGAAGCCUUCGCCCGACGAUGUAUCCAAGAACAACCGAUCUCUUGGACGAAGUGUCGAUUGACGCUGCAAGAAGCCUUGCGACAAAUUGCAGAUGGAUUUUUAGAUGUAGAGACCACUCAUCUUCAGACGUGCACAGCCAUCUUACGCCGCCUUGCCACUGUGGAAGCUUGGCCUUUCCUCGAGCAUGUACCAAGUGGAUCAUAUCCUACGGUGCCGUCGCUGGAAGAGAUUGCCAAGAAGAUUGAGGACACUCAAAUUCUUCUGGACAGACAGGCGGUUCCCCGACCAGUGGGCAAAGAGCGUGUUUUCCUGCACGCCUUUUCCGGGCGUCGACGACCGGGAGACCUCCAGCAUUAUCUUGAAGCAGCCUUUGCGCGCCAGUCUGAAGGAGUGCUGCUUCAUGUGGUGUCGAUGGAUGUCGUUAUAGACCCUGAAUGGGGAGAUGCCUGCAGACAGGAGACCAGAGAUUUUUGGCUUCGUGGAGCACUUGAUGGUUUCGUACAAGGAGGCCUGUGUGGCCCUCCCUGUGAGACUUGGAGCCAAGCCCGUUUUGCAGAUCUGGGCGAUGAACAAGGACGCCAUCCACGACCUUUAAGAUCUUUGGAAUGGCUGUGGGGCCUCCCAUCGCUUUCGCUGCGGGAACAGGGACAAGUGGCGGUUGGCAAUGAACUACUCCUCUUCUCCAUUGACCUGUUGAUCUGCUUGGCGAGAUCUGAAGGCCUAGGAGUUCUAGAGCAUCCGGGCGAACCAGAGGAUGAAACUAAACCGUCCAUCUGGAGAUUACCAAUUGUACAGCUUUUGCGACAGCUGCCAGGGUUUGAUUUCGUGGAUUUUGCACAGGGGCUCCUAGGAGCGAAGUCUCCUAAACCCACACGAUUUCUCACAUUGAACAUGGCCAGCUUGCCGCGUUUCUUGCACAGUCAUCGCUUGUGCCCGGAUCUGCCUCGGAGCUCAGCGAUAGGGAAAACGCAAGACGGCCAUUGGGCCACGACAAGCCUGAAGGAGUAUCCACCGGCGCUCAAUCGAGCCUUAGGCUCUGGCGACGACCGGCGUGUUCCGCACGCUCGGUCCAAUCCUGCGCCUGCGACCAUGCGGAGUCGGUCGAGCGAUCCGAGCCACGUCGAGCCACGAGCUUGUGGAGUCAAGGGCCUGGGAUAUCGAGCUGCCUAUGGAGUGAGUCACUCGCCAAAGCGCUGCUCCUUACCGUCCCCUCGCCUUCGCGACGGCGCCAUGGACUGCACGAUGGCAGACCAUGACCCGGUUCGCUCUAUGGCGAAGUUGAGCGACCUGCCGAGGUACCUGCCUCCCGAAAUUGCCCAGCAAGAUGCUGAAGAGACCCAAGCACGAGAACCAUUGAUUCUGAAGCUUUUGAGUAGUGAUCCAGCUCCUCCCCCUGCGUCGGAGUUAGCCUUCGGCUUGAGAUGUUUGAAGAACGCGGAGGAACAGAAGAUGCCCACAGGCUUGGACUUCAAGAUCGCCGUGUGCUCCUCCCUUUGGACUCUGUUCCUGGCCAGCGCGGACUCCAGUGGCCCAAGCUGUGGGCCGCUCUAUGGCUAUGCCAAUCGCACCAAGAUCCUGGACAACCUCCGGUCCUGGUUGUGUGUUUUGGACGCGGAUCAUCACCGGCCCUUCUGGCGGGAAGCCAUCAGUGACGAGGAGAGGGAUGCGGCUGAGCCGAUCGCCAAGCUCUUCGCCCAACUGGAUGUGCGUGUGGUGCUGCGCCUGCUGAUUGAAGAGAUCAGAAAAAGUCCCAGAACGGACUGUUCCAUUAAUAACUCCAAGAGACGGAACUACGUGCAUCAUUUGGCCAACCUGUGCAUUGCCUUCAGCCAUCUGAAUGGUUCCAUCUCCAUAGCGCAGGGUGCAGAGUUGAUGGAGCAAUUGGCCGCGCAGGUGGACGGCGUGCACGUCUACUCGCUCUUCUAUGCCAAGAUGUUGGCUCUGCUAACGCCCCGCAAACUGAUUCCCCAGCUGCUGUUGGAUGGUCGCUUGUGGCUGUGGUGGGGGCAGCUACCUGAAGGAUUGCUGCCCAAAUUCGAUCUCAUGUGGUUCAUGCCCCUGGCACGCUUCGCCGAACUGAGAUGGGCCAACAAAGUGGAGGAGGCUCUGGCUGAAAGCCAGAUGCCAGGAAAGGCAGAGCAGUGGCCUGGUGGAAUGGCGGCCAAGGAGUGCUGGAAGAACGUGCAGGAACAGCUUCCCUGGCUCAUGAACAAAAUCUGUCGCACUCUUUGCUUGCCCUUUGGCUCGCCCGCGGCAAAAGCCCUGGAUGGAAAGGAACAGUCCUUCCCAGAUGUUGAUCGCUAUGUGAUUCCUGACGAGAUUGACGCAGUGCUGCUGGGGAGUCAGUCUGCUUGGAAAGAUGUCGCUUUCUUUUUGAUCUACACCCUGGAGCCUGAACCUCCCAGAGGUAGCAAUCAUGGUGCUCCAUCCAUGUGGAACUUCUUGACCUUGCUGCAACGACGAAUGAGGCCUUUCCUGACCCCUGCGACCUGUCAGGGGGAGUGGCUCUGGCACUGUGUCACUUUACUUCACAAUCUGGUUUCCUUGUACUUCAGACGCAUUUGCAAGGAGAGGAUGUUGCCUUGCACCACCUCCCCACAGAUGCUCCUGUCUGCGAAUGCAGAUCAGGCCUUCAUUGAACUCAUCAUGCCCUUGGUGCGUGACCUGAUGAUGGUCCGCGGCCCCUACGAAAUGGCCACCUCCAUGGAAAACAUCGCACGGCUCACCCAGAUCUCAGCCAUGCAUGCCACCAGCCCACCAGUGGGAUCAACAGUGGACCCCUUCAAGACAGACUUUCAAUCCAUGGUGAUGCAAUCCACCGACCUCCUAAACGAUCCAACCCAAUCAGCCCGGCAUGUGUCCUUGCUGCGUGUGUUUUCAUCCGUGGUGCCGGCCCUGAGCCUCCAGAUGCCCUCGGUGAUUGGUGAGUUGUUGCCUUUGGUCUUGCAGGGCAUUGAUCCAACAGAUACGCCUAAGACCAUGAGCUCGUUGCGGUUGUUGCUCUGUUUGCUGAUCAAUGUGCCCUGCUUGGAUUCCAAUGAUUGGCAGUUGGGAGACCAUUCAUCGCAUGAAUGUAGGCUACGGUGGCCACUGCCCAAAGAUUGCAAACUGAAGGUGGGAGAUCCCGACUGCAGCGCCACAGGCCUGGUAUCCUCCAUGUUGCCGCCCUUUGCCAUCGAACUGGUGGAGCGUGCCUGCGACUACGUCACGCGGAUUCCCAAGCCUCGUGCGGUGAAGAGUGGCAGGAUCUCCCUGGAGCUGGCGACCAUGGGCCUGCUACAUGGAGCCCUAUGCAUUGCAGGGUCGCAAACUGAUAAGGAAACCUACAAACAGAUGCUGGAUGUUCUUUGCCAAUUUCUCGGAUCGCACCUCUUGCCCGAUCAAGUGAAACCAGCCGUCCUCUUGGUCUUCGCUGUGGUGCGCGCAUGCCCAGAGAUGGCCAUUCCGGUAGUGCUGCCCUUGAUUUUCAAGAAGUUGCUCGUGCAUCAGCCCAAAUCAACAGUGUUGCCACUGCAUGAAGCCGGCGUAUCGGAAAGCGAGGCCAAAUGGUGGCUCUCCCUACUGUGCUCGGCUGUCCGUUGCGGUGGGGCGAACUUGUUGCCUUUUCGCCAUGAGUUGGAGAUGAUCAUGAGGGCCACCUUCCUGGAUGAGCGGGAAGCGGUGAACAAGCUGGGCAUGAAGCUGUUGCGUCGCAUUCUCUACAGUUUGACGGCUGUCUAUGUCUCCAACGACUACCGCCUUUGCAACGACUCGGUGUGGCAGAGCCUGAUGGGCUGCCGCUUGGGCUCUGCCGCACCCAGUGAGGCAGGUCUGAGCACCUUGGUCUGGUCUGGCGCUCAGCCUCCCUGGUGGCUGACGGAUGACACGUCGGCUGUAAAGUGGCACAUGCCCUCCGAAGAAGAGGUCGCAUGGGCCAGAGAUUUGGUCUUUGGCGUCCUCCUUCAGGUGGCUGAGAUGCUGACCGCCACCAUGGGAAUGGUCAUUCCAUCUCUGGACACUGCUGGGGCUUCCACUACAUGGCUGGCGGGGCUUUCCAGCAAUCUUCCCAGCAAGAAGAAGUUGGCGCACGGUGCAGUACUGGGGAUCCGAUUGGCCAUGCAAAUUCUGAGAGGUACCUGUGACCUGUGGCCUGAUGAGCGGAGCAAUGAAGAGUUGAAACUGCGCCAGCUUCCGAGCAAUUUGAAGAUUGCAGGUGAUACAGCCAAGGUCAUUUUCGACUGGCUGUCUACUGUGCUUCUGUCUGCCUUCAAGAUUCUGGCUGCUCAGGAACAGUAUGGCUCGGUAGCACCCACCAGUGGCAAACUGGAUCCAAUCGACGUGUCCCGUGUGAUGAGGAAGCUGUUGAAAUGUGUUGCAGAGCUGAUAGCGGCCUUCAGUGACACGCACCCCAGCAGCUUGAGGCUGUUCCCCAGCUUGAGGCAUGUUGAGAAGCACGCGGCGGGCUUGGCGUUGCAGUCCACAUCAUUGGAGAUGCUCCACACGCAUUCGCGCUGGCGCGACUUGCCGCGCGUCUGGUGGGUGGAGCGGGUUGCUGAUACGAUGGAGAACCGGGUGCACGAGCGGCGUGGAGGGCACCGAUACCAGGGAAGACGCAGGGAGUUGCUGGCCCUGUUUCGGCUCAUCGAAGAGCUCACCAAGCAGAUCUUCAGCAGCGGAUUCUCCGCAGUGCGCUCGCGAGCCAUGGAGACAGUGGCCAUGGCCGUUCAGUACCAUCAAGGCUGUCGCUGGCCGUUGAUCCGUGAUGUGCUCCUGCCCGCGCUGGCAAAAGAAACCAAUGCAAUCCUGCGGUGUGCUGCGCUCAUAGGUGAUGCUGCGGACAAGGAACAGCAGCGAUUGAAUGAUGCACUCUCAGGCCUGGCUGCAUCACUGGCUGGAGGCAUUCAAGGCUUGGUUUGGGGCGUUUGGCGCCGUGGCACCUGCCUCAGCACGGGACUGGUGAGAUAUGCGAAGCACUUGCAAAGCACUUGCGAAGUGCUGGCAGGCAUGGAUGAUGCCGCCAAAUUGGGCUACGACUUAUGCGAGGCCAUCUAUGCGGCCACGCGCGUGGGGCAAGGCCAGGUAGGGGACACCAAGCGCUGCGAAGUGAAGCCCAACACCGUGGCCAAACUCAUAGGUGCCUUGAGGCACUGGCUGGAUUGCCGGGAGAUUCAAUGUUGGGCUGCCACGCGGCCUGGAACGUGCACGGUGCCGUCCCUGCAAGACGAGUUUCACUCGGAGAACGACGGGGAUGCGGAGAGGGGGAAGCUGCCGCAGGGAAUUCGCGCCAUUCGUACCGUGUCCCAAGCGUUGGACCUUUGUGACCGCGCAGAUUGUCACUGGAGGGCGCAGAUCAUGGCGACCACCAUGAGCUUGGCCUUGUUGAACUCCCUUGGGCCCACUGGUUCCCCACCCGAUUUGGAGGCAUCCCUGGAAGCUGAGGUGCGCGAGGUUUGGAUGAAGUGGGGCAGAUGGUUGGUGAAGUGCAUCGAACCCAAGGGUCAACCUGGGCUUCAUUUGCUGGCUGUGCACGGCUUGCUGUUGAUGUUGAAGCGGUCCUCUGAACCCACACAGAUUCUGAAGAGCACGCAUCUGGCAGAGCUGAAAAUUGCUCAAAGCUCCUUCUUCCAGAACUUGUUGCAGGUCAUGCCACCGCUCCACCAUGAGGAUUUGAUGGCCACUGCAGAUGACCAAAUGGGACAGAAGAGUGAGCCAACCAGAGAUCCAGUGAAUGUCAUGACCAGCAGUGGCUUCUUCGAUGUUUGGCCCCGGAUUUGGCUAAGGAGAUCAUCCCGAUCCUUCUCCAUUCGAAACGUUUUGUUCUGGCAGAGCUAUGUGAAAUUCCUCAAGUCCCAGGUCUCCCCAGAGGCGUUGCUGGAGCUGCUCCGCCAGGGCGCCGAGCAGCUGGCUUCGCAGCCGGUGGCGGAGGCAGAGUUCCAAGCCGCCUUUGCGGAACUGGCCGCAGGGGGGCUGCGGGCGGUGCGGAAAGCGGAGGAUAAGGAGCUCAGGGAUCGGUUGUGGACAGCCUUUCGGCCCUGGCUCCUCUCGGUGCUGCAGCAAUCCUCGGAGGAACGGCUGGGCGGCUGGUGCGAUGCGGUGCGUUUCAUGGUCACCGGCUGUAAGAGACCGAAGCUGGCAGCAAUGUUCUCCAGACAUGCAGUGGAAGAGGACGUGCAGUUCCUGGUUCCACUCUUCAAUUUCGUCCUGUGUGGCGAUGGGGAGUUGGAAUGUAACUCCUUGAGCUGCACGCUUCCCCCGAUCAAAUUUGACUAUGAAAGCUCAGCAGAUGCCUCAGACAGCCCCAAGGAAGGCUCAUCCUUUGAUUCAUUCAAGCGACUGCGGCUGCUGAUGUCACUGUUGAUUGAGCCGUCAGCCAUCAAGACCAUGGCCGCUAGUGAGGAGUUCUGCAAGAAGUUGGUGGAAACUUUGGAGUUAGGACUUGGCCAUCCGUACAAACAAUUGCGAGAAGAGGUUGCAAGAGGUCUCUACUUCAUCGUUGAGGCAGCAUCUCAUGCUUCUCAAGCACUGGGCCCAUCCUCGGCCGCGGGGUUGGUUCGCGUUGGUACAUCGCUGGAACGGUGGUUUGCCACAGAAGCCCGCAGACUCAGUGGGCUGUUGCGGGCUGACAACGCAGCACACGUCAACAACACGGCAGAGGAUGGUGCCAGACCCAAACAUGUGGUCGAGAGUUCAGGCUUGCUGUACUUGUUGCUGCAUUCAUCGCUGAACCGAAUGAGCUCACAUCAUCUUCAAGCUUCUGCAGAUGAUUGGAUGCAAUUCAUUGCUGCUGCUGCGGCACACGGAGACUUUGAACUGCGGGCAAUUGCACCCCAUGCUAUGUCUCUGUGUUGCUGCGCACACCCAGUCGCCCCAACCUUAGAAGAGCCCAAGCUUUGGAGCAAAUUGCCGAUGGUACGGGCACUGCAGCCUUUGCUAUGUGAAGGUGCCAUAGAAAAGGAGCUGGAAAAGGCUUUUUCUGCAGGCCUCAAGCCAGCAAUUGUGGCCAAUUUCUUCAUUCUGCUCACAGGUGGCGAUGGAUCCUCAGGGCUCUACCGCGAGAUGAGCCUAGCAGCCGAGAGGGCUCUGGGAUUAGCCAAGCCUGAAAUUCGAACAGCUGCGCGAAGUUCAGUGGCAAGCUUCCUAACCCUGGAAGCAGAAGCUGAACUGGUGGUCAAGCUGAAGAAUCUGAAAGUCUUGGCAGGUCCAGCCACGCGCAAAGCCACAGAUGCCGUUGAAGCCGAUGAAGCUGUGACAUUUUGCCGGGCUGUGAGUGCCAUGGCCUGCAUGUUGCUGGCGGCAGCUGACUGUGGAGUGCCACGAUGGUCUGGGCAGGCGAUUCAAGCCGUGGCACCCUAUGGCAAGACUGGAAGGCCCGGCAUCCAAGAGCUUGCGAGAAAAGAGGUGCAAUCUGCAAUCCAGGCCUUUUUGAAACUGCAGCAAUCCAGCCAGACUUCAUGGACGGAAUGUCAGCAGAAGUUGACACCCACACAGCUGGACCUGCUGAAUGACAACAAGGGCAAAUUGUCCUACUUUUCCUGA